ACAAUACUCAAUUACAAACCAAAAACAGAAUUAAGUUUGUAUGUGAAUAUAUAUCCACAGCAGAGGGGCUUAAACAAUCAGCUUGGCUCGAACUUUAUCCUAUGAAUUCUCAACACUUUUUAUUAGUACUCUACUUCUGUCCUUUUGUGAUAAAAUUUGCUUACAUUUAUCCUAUGAAUUCUCAGCGCUUUAUAUCAUUUUACUAUACAGGGUGAGUUGCAGAAGGAAGUUGUAGAUGGAUCUUGGACGCCACAGGGUCAUGAUGAUAUUUUAUCACGGGUACUUGGACGUAAGGAGCAUGGAGGGCGUGUUAGAGGCAUUGGAGGAGGAGCAAAAAUUAAAGAUGUUUUUGGGCCGGGAAAAAGCAAACAGAGUGGGGUGAUUUCGAUGGAUGAAUUGGCCACGAUUACACAGGAAAUUACCAAAAAAGUGCAGAAGGAGUGUGAUGAAAAGCUUGAGAUAAUGAACACAAAACUUCAGGGGAUGUUUCACCAUUUAAAACAGAUGGGCUUGUCACUCCCGGAGGAUAAUUUCUUGGAUGAUAUCGGAAACCCAAGGCAAGAUAUUGUUCGAAGUAGCUGGCAAUCAGUGGGAGAACAAGAUCAUAUAUCAGAGCUGAAGACACCAACACUUUGUCGGCUUUGCGUGAUAGAUAUGGGAAAAGGGAGAGUGGUCGUGGCUAGGGGCACUGUAUUCCCGUCUAACAAUGAAGGCGGUAACCUGAUUCAUAAUAAUCCAAUUGCCCCUCAUAAUAUUAGAGUAUCGGUUGAUGAUGUGGUUCCAGAAUUUCAGCAGGCUCCCCUUCCAGUGCCAUGCAAUGAACAUGAAACAAUAGGAAAUGCUGAGGGUAGUUUUGUACAGUGGCCUAAGGACCUCGUGAUGUUAGGACAGGAUCCCAUUUCAUUGGAGAAUAAAAAAGUUCAUGACAAAAGAUCGAAAGAUGUUGUCACAAAGCCUGAGAGCAAAGGUUCAGCGACUCAAAAGAAUAAAGGCCUUGGUGACGAAAAUUCAACUCAAAAUUGUCGAUCCUUGCGCUACUUGCUUGAGCAAUCUAAUGCAAAAGGUACAACUUUUACUUUUGAACAAGAUGGAGAACCUAUAUAUGUGACAUACGAAGAUGUUGAUCAAUUUCUAAAAAGGAGCUGGUUAAACAUACCCAUCUUGGAAAUCUUUUCAAAGUACAUUGGGAAGUUGUGCAAAGAGCUAAACGAUGAUAGGUUUGCAUUUAUGUCACCUUCUAGACUAGUGAUAAAUCACAAGCGUGAAUACAAUCGUAUUGAGGAUGCAACUCAAUAUAUGAAACAUUUUUUAGUUGCAAACAAAGAUAAGCGUUUCAUCAUUGCACCAUACAUCCAAGAUGAUCAUUGGAUGUUACUUCUGUUUUGUUUGGAUGAGAGUGUUAUUUAUGUGUUUGAUUCCUUGAGAAGGGAACGAGAUAUACGGUUGACGACCCCGGCACGAACGGCAUUUAAACUUUAUGUACCACAAGGUGGAAAGAGAAAUAACACAAAGGAAUUUCUUUGGUCUCAUACAGAUGUUCAGUGUCCUCAACAAGAAGGAGGUACGGAGUGCGGAUUUUUUGUUAUGAGGUACAUGUAUGAAGUAGUCAAGCUUUCUCAAAAAAAUCCCAACAUCAAUUGGAAAGAGGGUCUUGGUUCAAGAAGGUAUCUAAAGAAGGAAAUCAAUGAGGUUCGAGAGUUGUGGGCUGAAUAUUUUACUGUUGAAUGUCUAUAAUCAGACAGACACUCUAUGAAGGCCAGUUCAAGUAUUUUGGAGAAAAGCACGAGUGAAGAAAAGACUCGGUCAUCAGUGGAUUUCCUAGACUUUUUCACUAUUGAUUAGUGGUAUUGACAUGUUGUAGUAGUACUUAUAUGAUUGAUGGAUGUAAUAGAAGUAGAUAUUACUA